GAAUAAGUAGUGCACGCUUGGUGCACGCUACAUUUGAUCGCGGAGACGCCGGGUUGAGCUUUUCAUUUCAGAGCCCGCACUUUCCCGAUACUUACAACCUCGGAAGAGAACACAUCACCAACGCCUACCAUGUUGUGCUCCUCGUUCCGCUCAGCAACUGCCUCCCUGGGUCUGGGACGGCGAGCAGCUUCUACCAUUGCUCAAAAGUACUCCAAAGCUGUUUACUCGGCUGCUCUUUCGAAAUCACCGCAAACACUCAACAAGGUCCAGUCGGAACUGAACGCCAUCUCUAAUGUCAUCAAGGAGGUGCCCGACCUCAAAGCGUUCGUCGGCAACCCGACGCUAUCUGCCAAGGAUCGCUCUGCGGGCCUCGCUGUCAUUUAUGCUCGUGCAGAGAGCUCCAAGAAGGAGCCUGUCUCCGAAAUAACCAAAAACUUGUUCGCUGUCCUGUCGGACAAUGGCAGACUUGGAGAGACACAAGGUGUUAUAGAGGGUUUCAACGAGUUGGUUUCGAAGUACAAGGGAGAGCUGGAAGUGGUUGUCACGUCUGCUACUCCUCUGCCCAAGGAUUUGUCCUCCCGGUUGGAGACUAUCCUCAAGCAGUCCCAGACAGCUCAGCAGGCAAAGUCGCUGAAAAUUUCGAACAAGGUCAACCCUGCAGUUCUCGGCGGUAUUGUGGUGGACUUUGGCGAUAAGAGCAUUGACCUCAGUGUCUCGUCGCGUGUCAACAAGCUCAACAAUGCCCUGCAGCAAUCCGUAUAGAUACAUGCAUGUCGUAGAUGAGAUUGCUAGUUUGUCGGAACUACUCAACGGAUGAGGGAAGGUUACCUUUCUGGCUCGGCAACUCAGGUUGCACAUUAGAGAUCGCUUUCACGGUGUGAAGCAAGCAUUAAUCGGUAACUUUUUUGCACUGUCUUCAACGUUGCUUCAACUGCCUGUCUGUUUGCUGGCAACUAUCAAUUUUUUCAAACGUUCAGACCUUUAGAAGAGAAUCAGUCGUUCCUCCUGAUCUUGCAAUCGUACAUGCUAGCGUGAAUCUCUGUUCGAAUUCUGCCAGUCCUUUCUGAUUGGU